AUGGAACGCCAUGCCCACACUCUACACACAGCCCUCUCUCUCCACAGUCACCAAGUCCACGUGUUCACCUCCCCAGUCCUCCCCCAAGAGCUCAAACUCGAGACUCAACAAGGAAGCACUAGCUCAUCAUCCCCACACAUCCACUUCCACGAGGGCGAGCCUGGCCGCUGGCAUUACAACAAAGCAUCGGAGCAGUUUUUGGAAGAAAGCCAGCGUGAAAAAUUCGAUGUGGUUCACUCCGAAAGCGUGGUGCUUCCCCAUUGGCUGGCCCGGAACCUACCAAACCUGGCAGUGUCAUGGCAUGGGAUUGCUCUAGAGAGCCUGCACUCAGGCAUAUUCCAAGACUUGACACGUAAGCCUACCGAGCCUAUCUCCCCAGAUUUCAACAGAAGCAUUCAAGGGGUUGUGCCAAAGGUGUUGAAUGAGAUAAGGUUCUUCCAUAACUAUGCCCAUCAUGUUGCUAUAAGUGAUAGCUGUGGGGAGAUGCUAAGGGAUGUGUACCAAAUACCAAAUAAAAGAGUCCAUGUGAUUGUUAAUGGUGUCAAUGAAGCUGACUUUAGCCAAGAUCAAAAACUUGGCCAAGAGUGUAGGUCGUUGAUCGGCAUAUCGAAAAAUGUGAGUUUGGUGUUUGGAGUGGCUGGUAGAUUGGUGAAGGACAAGGGCCAUCCUAUACUUUAUGAAAAAGGGCAGGGAUGGUGA